AUGGGUUCUGAAACUCCUCUUCACCUCCCAAUCAUCGAUUUCUCGAAACAAAACCUGAAACCGGGAGAGCCCGAAUGGGACUUAACCAAAGCUGAUGUCAAAAUAGCUCUACAAGACUAUGGUUGUUUUGAGGCCUCUUUCGAUAAAAUCCCUAUCGACCUACGAAAAUCGAUUUUCGGGGCGUUGGAAGAGCUUUUCGACUUACCUUUACAUACAAAACUGAGAAACGUGUCCAAGAAACCGUUCCAUGGUUACGUGGGUCAAUAUCCAACGGUACCAUUAUACGAGAGCAUGGGCAUUGAUGAUUCUGAUGUUGCAGCUAAAGUCGACGCAUUUACUAAAAAUCUAUGGCCUCAAGGCAACAAGAGUUUCAGCACAACGAUCCAUUCGUUUUCCGAGAAGUUAUCAGAGCUAGACAUAACUAUAAGAAGAAUGAUCAUGGAGAGCUUCGGGCUCGUGAAAUAUAUCGAUGAACAUCUUGACUCGACGAAUUACCUCUUAAGGGUAAUGAAGUACAAAGGACUUGAAACAGAGGAGACAAAGUUGGGACUAAAUGCUCAUACCGAUAAAAACAUCGUCACUAUACUUUACCAAAACAAUGUUGAAGGUCUAGAAGUACAAACCAAAGACAACAAUUGGAUCAAAGUGAAGCCUUCUCAAGAUUCAUUCAUCGUCAUGAUCGGGGAUUCUCUCCAUGCAUUGAUGAAUGGUCGAAUACACUCUCCUUAUCACCGUGUGAUGAUGACAGGAACAGAGACAAGAUAUUCACUCGGAUUGUUCUCGAUUCCGAAAGCAGGACAUAUCGUGAAUUCGCCAAACGAGCUCGUUGACGAAGAGCAUCCAAGACUGUUUAAGCCAUUUGAUCAUGUAGAAUUCCUUCAAUUCUACUACACAGAAGCUGGACAAAGAUCUCAAUCUGCUCUCAAAACAUAUUGUGGAAUGUAA